AAACAGAGAAGCAGCCGCUGAAAUACUUAGAAUGCCACAGCUGCGCCGACUUGAAUCAUGUCAAGUAGUUUCCAGGUUGACCAGGAAACUCUGAACGACAUCCUCCAUCUUCCACCAAGUAUAACAGCCAAUUGACCAAAAGGAUGCCACCCACUCCUGACAACUUUGCCAAACCCGAGUUCGUCACCGGUGGCUGCCUCUGCGGCUCGGUGAGAUACAAGGUCGAUUUCCCCCCGGAUCACGACUUCUUGAAAGCGAGCGGAAGCUGCCAAUGCACGCAAUGCCGCCGCAACACGGGCUCGCUUAUCUUCUACGCCCACGACAUCCGCAAGGCGCAGAUGUCCUUCCUCACAUCGACAAGCACGCUCGAGAACUUCGAGGCUACGCCGGGUUGUCAGCGCAGUUUCUGCACCAAAUGCGGUAGCUUUCUGUAUUGGGCCGACGGCAAGGGCGAUGAGGUAGGAUUGGCCGUUGGUACUGUGGAUCCCGAGUUUUUGGUUGGCGAUGGGGAGAAGGGCGAAGAUGUGUUUGCAUUUGCACUAGCAAAUACAUGCGGUGCGAAUUUGUUUUGCGAGAAUGAGAUUAAGGGCGUUACG